AUGCGGAUGGAGUGUCCGAAUUUCCGGAUUCCGGAGUCGCCGGCCUGCUCGAUGGCCGGGUUCGUCGUCGACGGGAAGAGAUAUUGCGGCCGGAGGAAGGCCUUCGAGGUGGCGCAAAACGUCGGGAGACGGCUCGACGGCUUCUUCUACAGCGUCUUCACGCCCGUCAGGCCCGGAUUCCGAUGCACCGUCACUUGCGCAUGCGGAAUGUCCCAAGCCGACGACCCCCUGAACCCGAUCCACCGUCAGCCGAUGUCCCGGAUCUCCGGCGGCGAGGAGGUGCCCGAGGCGACGAAAUACCCCUGGAUGGCCCUGGUGUCCUCCCCGGUCUCCUUCUGCGGGGGAGCGCUCAUCAACGACCGCUGGGUGGUCACGGCCGCGCACUGCGUCCAGUCAACGAGGGAGCGCUACAAGGUGACGCUCGGAGACCUGGACCUGUCGAGACGGGACGAGAGCCGGUCGAUGACGCUCCGGGCGACGAGGAUCCUCGCUCAUCCCGACUACGACCGGAUCAAGGUGGACAACGACAUCGCCCUGGUGGAACUCGAAAAGCCGGUGGAUUUCGACGGGAACGGGCACAUCAGGCCGAUCUGCCUCGAGUCGGACGCGACGCCCGUUCCGGGCGACGCGGCAGUUGCCGCUGGGUGGGGGAGCGUCUACUACGUCCUUGGCGAUGUGGGACUGGGCCAGGGAGAACUGCUACUUUUCAAUCUUGGCUUCUGGAUAAACCGGAUGAGAAAGACCGAGGAAGGACGUAAAACCGAUUCCAAUCAGAUUUUCCACACCGGCGCGAUCGAGAAUCUUUCUCCGGAAUCUCUCCGAAAGAGAGGACCGAGUGGAUCCCCAAGGACCGAGUGGAUCCCCAAGGACCGAGUGGAUCCCCAAGGACCGAGUGGAUCCCCAAGGACCGAGUGGAUCCCCAAGGACCGAGUGGAUCCCCGCAGAGCGUCUCUCCUCGCUGGACUAGAGGGCAACGAAAGCCGCGAGAGGGUGACGGGUCGAGGACGAGAAGAGGCGACGCGCCGCGAUAGUAGGUCGGCGAACGAAGGGGAAAAGCCUCGAACGAUCUCAUCUCCACGGUCGAGAACGGAGGAGAAAGGCAUGGAAAAAGCAGGGAAGGGAGAGGAUAGGGAAGGCAUGGAAAAAGCAGGGAAGGGAGAGGAUAGGGAAGGCAUAGGGAAGGCAAAGGAACGCUGGAGGCGAGACGAAAAAAGCCUUCACCCUCGCGACCGAAGCGGUGGAACCGUCUCCGUGAUGAGGGAAGCGAACGUGACGAUCCUGAGGGACAAGGAAUGCAACCGGGCCUACCGCAGCAGCGAUCGCUCCGUCACGGCCAACAUGUUCUGCGCCUCCAACGCCGGGAUCGACUCCUGUCAGGUGAGUCCACCCCCCCCCCCCUCCGAUGACGUCAUCGUCAUAUGGCGUAAUUGGUUCGGCUAUGAUUUCGCGAUGCGAUUUCGCAUGAUCGCGGCCAAGUCAGAAGAUUCGGAUUAG